AUCAAACAUCUCCACGUUUAUGAACUUCAUCUGUUGACCGGCGUGAGGGAUUUGGAACGCUUUUAACUUGGAACACCAGAAUUACUGAAUGAUGAAGCUUAAGAGUAUCUUCCUGUUAUUUUUAUCCCUUGGACUUCUCCAUGUCAGCAUCUGUGAUACAGAAGAGGAAGACGAUGACGAUGAUACAACUGUUGAAGUAGAAGAGGAACCUCCUGCUGUUGUAGAAAAAGUUAAUUAUGUACCUCCAGUAGUGAAAGGAAAUACAUUCUUUACAGAAACAUUUGAUAAACCAGCAGAUUUUGAAAAAAGAUGGACCAAGUCACAGACUAAGAAAGAUGGUGCUGAAGAAACUAUUGCCAAAUAUGAUGGUAAAUGGUCAGUAGAAGAACCUAAAGACAGUGCUCUGAAAGGUGAUCAUGGCUUAGUGUUAAAGUCUAAAGCUAAACAUCACGCCAUCUCAUCUAAGUUAAACAAACCAUUCAGAUUUGAUGGAAAACCAUUUGUAGUCCAAUAUGAAGUCAAGUUUCAGAAUGGAUUAGAAUGUGGUGGUGCUUAUGUUAAACUUCUCUCCAUGGAUAAACAGUUAGAGUUGAAACAAUUUCAAGAUAAGACCCCUUACACUAUAAUGUUUGGUCCAGAUAAAUGUGGUAUGGAUCACAAGUUACAUUUUAUAUUCAGACACAAAAAUCCUAAAACAGGAGAGUUUGAGGAGAAGCAUGCUAAGAAGCCUACAGCCAACCUUGAUAGCUACUUCACAGAUAAGAAGACACAUUUAUACAAACUGGUUGUUAAUCCUGACAACAGUUUUGAGAUAUUUGUGGACAAUACCUUAGUAAAUGAAGGAAGCUUAUUAGAAGAUAUGAGUCCUCCUGUGAAUCCACCCAAGGAAAUAGAUGAUCCUAAUGACAAGAAAUCUGAUGACUGGGACGAGAGAGAAAAGAUUCCUGAUCCAGAUGCAGUUAAACCAGAAGAUUGGGAUGAGAGUGAACCUGAAUACAUUAUUGAUGAGGCAGCUACAAUGCCUGAUGGAUGGUUAGAAGAUGAACCAGAACUUAUCCCUGACCCAGAUGCUGAAAAACCAGAAGAUUGGGAUGAAGAUAUGGAUGGUGAAUGGGAACCUCCACAAAUAGAUAAUACAAAAUGUAAAGACGCUAUUGGUUGUGGCAAAUGGGAAAGACCACAAGUUAAAAACCCUAAAUAUAAAGGAAAAUGGAGGCCAGCAAUGAUUGAUAACCCAGAUUAUAAGGGAAUAUGGGCUCCAAGAAAGAUCACCAAUCCUGACUUCUUUGAGGAUUCAGAACCUUAUAAAAUGACCCCUAUUCAUGCUUUAGGAUUAGAGUUAUGGUCAAUGACAGAUGAUAUUGUUUUUGAUAAUUUCCUGAUCACAGAUGACAAAGCCGUCUCCAGUUCUUACACAGCACAGACCUGGGAGAUUAAAUCUGCACAAGAGAAAGUUGUCUCUGGAGGGAAGGGUGUUUGGGCGUCUAUACGAGGAGCAGCAGACGAUAGACCAUGGCUGUGGGCGGUUUAUGUUGUUGUUCUAUUACUUCCAGUUUUACUACUCUCCAUCUGUCUCUGUCCAAGAAGUGGACCAAUCAAGCCAGAGGUAUUAGAAGCACAACGUAAGAAAACUGACGAGCCUUCACCAGAUGAUAAAGAGGCUGAAAAUAAAGAAGAGGAAGUUGGGCCAAAGGGAGAUAAUCAAGCAAAGAAAACUAAAAAGUCUGAUUUAGACGUAAAAGAGGAAAGCAGCCAAGAGGAAGAGGGGGAUGAUGAAGGAGAAGAAGAAGAAAAAACAGAGGAAAAAUCAGAAGAUUCUAGCAGACGUACAUCACCAAGGAAACGAAAAGCCAGGAAAGAAUGAUGAAGUGCAAGAUUAGUUUAGGAAACAAAUUAUCAUUUGUAUGAAGAUCAAGAUUAUAAUAUGAAAAAAUUAUCAAUUUAUGAAGAUCAAGAUGAGUACAAUUGUAUAUGAAAAAAUUAUAAAUCCGUAUGAAGAUCAAGAUUAGUAGUUUGAUAUUAAAGGAUAUGAAGAGGAAAUCAUUCAACUAUUUACGAUGUUAAAACAUCAAGAUUAUCACAUCUGUCAUUUGUAAAAUAAAGCUUUACAUUCAUUUUAUCAUGUUUAUAAUAAAAUCAAUGGUUGAUGAUAGUGAAA